AUGAUCUUGCUCGAGCCUCACAAUGUUAUCAUUCAGACUACACUUGGCGAAAAGAUCAUAAAGCCUUCUUCACUGGACGUCGCCUUUGUCGAUUACGAUGGUGUUCGAUUUCAUCUUUCUACACCGGAACGCAAAACCCUGCUCCUUCUUUCCAUGCAUAUCCGUUGCUGGGAUGAACUGGUGCGAUACGGUGCGAUGGAGGUAUUGCAACGCGAGUACGGGGUUUUGUUGCAGCCUCAAGCUGAGCCAGAAUAUAAUGUCAGCUUAGCCAUUGACUUGGAGCAGGCUCCUACUAGCUUAGAGGACCGUGCUGCAUUCAUAUUAUCUAUUGCUCUCUUCAAGCGGAACGCGCUAGCAGCCCCAUUCGAAUCUGCAUUCAAGAAUCAGAAACAAUUGGAGGCCGCAGGAACUGGACAGGGAGAGCUGAUGCAGAUUCAUUACCGUGAUGAGGAAGCUAUAUACAUUCAGGCCUCUCCAGACAGAGUAACGGUUAUUUUCUCGACCGUAUUUAGCGACGAAACGGACAGGAUUUAUGGAAAGGUUUUCUUACAAGAAUUCGUUGACGCUCGUCGUCAACCCGCCAUUCAGAACGCUCCUCAAGUUCUCUACUCAAAUCGCGAACCUCCCUUGGAAAUUCGCCACCUAAGCAAUCUACGCAACACAGAAGACACUGGUUAUGUUACUUUUGUUCUUUUCCCUCAACACUUCACCCCCGUCAAUGCCGCGGCUACAAUCUCGCACGUACAGUUGUUCCGUGACUACCUGCACUACCACAUCAAAUGCUCCAAAGCAUACAUGCACUCCAGGAUGAGGUUCCGGGUUGCUGAGUUCCAAAAGGUGUUGAAUAGGGCAAAACAAGAGGUCACAGUGACCGAAAGAAAAACUGUCACUGGAAGGACCAUGUCGACGCGGUAA